AAAGUACGCCAUAAAUUUGGGGAAGAAGGAAAAUUAUUUUUGCAGAAAGAGAGAGCAUCUAAAGCUUCUUGCUUCCCAAGCUUUCUCUGACUAAUCCAUCGGAACUUCCACCUCCGACCACCAAGAAUGGCUGACGGUGAAGAUGCCGCCCGUCGUCACACCGCGGUCAAUGAUUACCGCAAGAAACUCCUUCAGCACAAAGAGUUAGAAGCCAGAGUCCGAUCUCUGAGGGAGAAUUUGCGAGCUGCAAAGAAGGAGUUUAACAAAACGGAAGAUGAUUUGAAGUCUCUGCAAAGUGUUGGUCAGAUUAUUGGAGAAGUUCUCAGGCCACUCGACAAUGAACGCUUGAUUGUCAAAGCAAGCAGUGGACCUCGGUAUGUGGUUGGAUGCCGCAAUAAAGUUGAUAAGGAAAAAUUAACAUCUGGUACUAGAGUAGUUCUUGAUAUGACAACGCUCACCAUUAUGAGGGCUCUUCCACGUGAAGUAGACCCUGUUGUGUAUAAUAUGUUGCACGAAGAUCCUGGUAAUGUUAGCUAUUCUGCUGUCGGUGGCUUAUCUGAUCAAAUUAGAGAACUGAGGGAGUCCAUUGAGUUACCUCUCAUGAAUCCUGAGCUUUUUCUUAGGGUUGGCAUCAAACCCCCCAAGGGUGUGCUUCUGUAUGGCCCUCCUGGUACUGGCAAGACAUUGUUAGCAAGAGCCAUAGCAAGCAACAUAGAUGCUAACUUCUUAAAGGUUGUAUCGAGUGCCAUAAUUGAUAAGUACAUUGGAGAAAGUGCGAGGUUAAUACGAGAAAUGUUUGGAUAUGCACGUGAUCACCAGCCUUGCAUCAUUUUUAUGGAUGAGAUUGAUGCCAUUGGUGGGAGGAGAUUCAGUGAGGGAACAAGUGCUGAUCGUGAAAUUCAGCGAACAUUGAUGGAGUUACUUAAUCAGCUUGAUGGUUUUGAUCAACUCGGUAAGGUCAAAAUGAUAAUGGCUACUAACAGGCCAGAUGUUCUGGACCCUGCACUUCUUCGGCCAGGGCGAUUGGACCGCAAAAUUGAGAUUCCAUUACCUAAUGAGCAAUCCAGAACGGAGAUCCUUAAGAUUCAUGCAGCUGGAAUUGCCAAGCAUGGUGAGAUCGACUAUGAAGCUGUUGUAAAGCUUGCAGAGGGAUUUAAUGGAGCUGAUUUGCGUAAUGUCUGCACUGAAGCUGGAAUGUCGGCUAUUCGUGCCGAACGUGACUAUGUCAUCCAUGAAGAUUUCAUGAAGGCUGUAAGAAAAUUGAAUGAAGCAAAGAAACUCGAGUCGAGUGCACACUAUAACGCCGAUUUUGGGAAGGACUGAGAGAUGUAAUGUAGUCUGAUAGCCAAAAUCUUUGCAAGCAUAACAUUUUCCUUCCUAGGGAAACGAUGCACUCUUGGGAUUCAUGCAAAAUUGAGCUUUUCCUGGUAUCACUGGUGUUUUUCUUAGAACUAUAGGAACUUUUUGUAUCUGACUGAUCACAGAUGAUUAACAUUCAUGAAAAUCUAGCCAUUCUUCCUUUUCUUAUUUUUUCCCUUGUGCUUGUGGGCUUAAAAUAGAUUGUUCUUCACACUGCC